AUGACGUGCACCGCAAGUUUCAAAUUUUACGUUCAAGUCGUCGCGAUCUUGUGCUGCUUCAAACUUUUGUUCAUUCCGGCUUAUCGAUCAACCGACUUCGAAGUUCAUCGAAACUGGCUUGCCAUAACACACAGUCUUCCAAUUAGUGAAUGGUACAGGAGCAACAUUUCAAUAUGGACGUUGGACUACCCCCCACUGUUUGCCUGGAUGGAGAGAGGGCUUUCAUAUCCGGCUAAAUUAAUUGACGAGAAAAUGUUAGAUAUCGAGAACUUGGAUUAUACGUCUCAGGCCACUGUCAGAUUCUUGAAACAUUACAAAGAGGUAGAUUAUGGUUGUAGUAAGAAAAAACCCACCAGUGGGAUGGUAGCAGCAAAACCAUCAGCUGCUGCAGCCACAACGGCAGCUGCAGCUACAGCAAUGACAGAAAAAGUAAUGUGCUUAAUGCUACUCUUCAUCACUAACUUUGGCCUCUUUAUUGUAGAUCACAUCCAUUUCCAAUACAAUGGCAUUCUCUAUGGCAUCAUGCUUCUCUCUCUAUUGAAAAUAUACCAGGAUCGCAUCGUAGAAUCGGCCUUUUGGUUUUCCGUACUCUUAUGUAUGAAGCACAUCUACCUGUACAUAUGCCCUGUCUUUGGGGUUUUCAUGUUGGGGAGAUGUUGGGUGGAUGGAAGGGGGGAUGAUGAUGAUGUUUGCAAGUUUUUCCUUUCAAGUCUCAGACAGACUGCAUUCAAACCAGUCAUCAUCACGCCACCGCAGAACAGCGUGGGGCCCAUGAUCUCCAGGUUGUUUCCCUUCAAGAGAGGGCUCUGCCAUGCAUAUUGGGCCCCAAACUUUUGGGCCCUUUAUAAUGCUUUCGAUAAGUUUCUCUUUAUCUCAGCCAAUAGAAUCGCAGGGGGUGAAAACAUCAGCCAAUCAAAUGCCUCGAUGACCGGUGGGCUGGUCCAAGAGUACGAUCACGCCAUUCUCCCCAGCGUUAAACCAGCGCACACUUUCAUAUUAACUGCCAUCUUCAUGAUCCCAAGCAUCAUACUAGCCUGGCCCGAACGGCUGAUGAAUAAAAAGAUGGGUGGAGUCAAAGAAGUAGGAGGAGUUGAAAAGGUCAAAGAAGUAGGAGGAGUUGAAGUGGGAGGAGUCAAAACAGCCGUUCGACCUAUCAGAUUCGUUCGUGCAGUCGUCCUGUGUGCCAUGGCAUCGUUCAUGUUUGGCUGGCACGUGCAUGAGAAGGCCAUCUUGCUGGUUGUCUUGCCGCUGACUUUGUUGGCGUUGAAUUCGAAGCGAGAAGCUGGAUUGUUCCUGUUGCUGAGCUGUGUGGCCAACUUUUCGCUGUUCCCACUCAUAUUUACGAAAGCUGAGCAGCCAUUGAAGUACAUCCUCUGCAUCAUCAGCCUCAUCAUCGCAUUCUCAUUUCUCACGUCACACCACAAGGAAUAUUCUAGAAGCUGCUGGCGACUACCUCUUCUGGCGUCACUGGAAAGCGCCUACGUGAUUGGCCUGCUAUUUAUAGAAACCUACAGCGCUCUGUUACAUUUUAUCCUAUUUAAAAAUUCGCUGGAGUUCCUUCCGCUCAUGAUGACGUCAUGUUAUUGCUCUCUGGGUGUGGUUUAUACUUUUGUUAAGAUGAUUGGUCUGUUCUGUUUCAACAUAGGUGAUUGAUUGAUAGAUGGAUGGAUAGAUAGAUGGAUAUACAAAUAUCUGUUACAAUACUAGAUAUAGUAAAAAAAAUAUACAGAUACACACACACAAACAAAAACACACAAAUUCGACCACACAUUUAUUUAUACUCUCAACUAAACUGAAUGAAAGAAACAUAUUAUAUCAUCAUUACAAAAUAAUAAUAAAAAAGUUAUUGAUAAUAAUAUAACAAUUAUACACUGGUGGCUAUGUUACAAUCAUGUGACGACGAUGAUAAUAAUAAUGGUGAUGAUGAAUAAAAUGGUUAAAACGACAGAUGCUAACGAAUCAUCACAAAUGGUGCUAAAUUAAAGUGAUUGAUGUGGAGGUAGUAGUUCUGUGUAUAGUACUUACUUAAACAAUUAAAAAUAAAGUUACAUUACGAACUAGAAAAGAUAUAUAUUUAUAUAUAUAUAUAUAUAACAGAUUUAAUCACAAUUGAAUAAAUGACUUUCCACACAUACUGUUAAGCGAUGUUUUUGGUUCUACCCAGUUUCGGUUCCAAUUAUAAAACGCAGAAAUCCCCCAACAGGAGAGAAUUUGAAAUUGCUUUGUAAAGAUAGUUCGCGAAAACAACCACAAAUCAGUUGACUGUACUUGAAUUACGUUAACAAAUUGACUUCAAAGUAUUGCAAAAAUUGCCUAUCUAUGUAGAGUCAGUCAAUUUAUCAAUCAAUCAAUCAACCAAUGAAACAACCAAUUAAUUGAUCAAUCAAUCAACCAACCAAUCAAUUAGUCGAUAAUAAACUAGUCGUUUAGUAAAUCGAUCACUUCAUCCAUCGCUCCAUCACUCAUUCCUCCACUCAUCGAACAAAGGACAGAUGUUAACAAAAGAUUGCAUAUCGCUGGCCCCCGAGAGGCAGUCGGACAGCACAUCCCUAGUUUUGCCGGAUGUGUUCAGGCAGAUUUUACUGAUCAGGUAUUUCAGCCAGAGAACGUUCGUCAUUGGACAAAACUU